UGCGUAUCUAUACAGGUGCAUAUACACAUUGAAUGUGUGUAUAUUUAUGCAUACACAGAGGAUAUGUUUGUAUGCACAUAUGUGUGUCAUACUCAUACUGUAUCACUCAACUACUUUUCAACUAUACAAUGGGAUGUAUCAUCAUUUGUUUGAGCCUUAUUUGUUAACCUUCCAACAAAACUAUUUAUACAUUUGGUGUAUCUGAAAUUUUGAAUUAGUAGCUCUUUUUUUGGGCAAAUUUCACCAAUGGUACCUGUAGUUUCUUCUGAGUUUUAUUUUGGUCCCUCUCAUUUCAAUUGCAACACAUUUGCUCUUGAAUUUUUAACUUUGUGUCAAAUGAGUCAAAUUGAAAACUGCCAUCCAAAUUUUAGAUGGAAAAUGAUGACACGUGACCAAUUUUCACGGGUAAUGUAGUCAUUCAUCCUUUCUUCUUCUAAUUCAGUCCACUGACUCGAGUUUUCUCAAUCUCAGUCAACUCACUACAUACCACUUAACCCAUCCUCCAGUCCACACCCACCACCCUAUCAGCAGCAUCCCACUUUCUUCCACCACCAACGAUUGUAGUUAGUUAAGGGAACUCACAAAAUAAAUACAAAUGACCAAUUGAUUAUCAAAUUCAUCAAUUAUGUGUAAAGUACAUGAACAAUUGCAGUCUUCUCUGUGCAGUGUGUGACAAACAGAGAAGAAAGGAGGGGGUGACAAAUUUAAUUGAUAGAGGAACUGGUGGUUGGCGGCAAAUGGGGAGGAAGAGAUGAUAGUGGUGGCGAUGUCGAUUGUCGUCACAAGACCUGGUAGUGAUUGUCAUUGCCAGAAUUGGUAGUGGUGCCGCUGCUUCAAUUUUUCAUCACUUGGCUGUGGUGCCAGAAUUGUGGUGGUGGUUGAAGCUUUUUCUCUCAUCUUCCCUUUUCUCUCUCUUCUCCCUCAUAUCUUCUUUUCCUUCUUCAUUUUAUUUCCUUUCUCUGCUAUGAUAUAUAUAUAUAUAUCACAUAACAUAACAACAUAUAUCAAUGCAUUAAGGAAUGAAAUAUCCAUUCUGGCCUUUCAUAUUGGUGACAUGUAUAACAUGUGAGUUGUUUUUGAUAGAAAAUGUAACGGCCAUUUCGAAUUGGAUUCAUUUGAAACAAAAUUAAAAAUUCAAGGGCAAAUGUGUUGCAAUUGAAAUAAGAGGGACCAAAAUGAAACUCAGAAGAAACUACAGGGAUCAUUGGUGAAAUUUACCCCCCUUCUGUUGUGUGUGUGUGUGUGUGUAGUUUUUGGAACUUAAAAGUGUGUAGCUUCUUUUUGCCUUUUGGUUAGCGUAUGCAUAUGGGUGGGUGGCAUCCCUUCUAAUGCCUUUUUUAACAAACUUAUUUUAUUGAACAAGAAAACUUUUUGUUCAUUAGGCGUAAGAAUUGUUCUUGGAUAUACAAGGCUUUUUUGUAACAUUUUGGCUAUGGUCCUUCUUGGCAAAUGGUUAUGGAGAUUUUCACUUGAGAGUGAUUCACUAUGGCAUUCGAUUAUUAGAAGCAAGUAUGGGACUCAAGACAAUGGUAGGUAUUCACGGGUGGUUUUGAGGGGUAAUUGUCGUGCUCCUUGGAAAUCAAUUUCUCAUAUCUAUACAUGUUGGUCUCGUCAUCUUUCUGUAAGGGUGGGCAAUGGGGAACUUGUUCAUUUUUGGGAGGAUGUUUGGAUGGGUCAAUCUUCUUUUGCUUUUGAUUUUCCACGUCUCUAUAGAGUGGCUUGAUCUCAUAAUUCUUCUAUUGCUUCCAUGGCCUGUUCACUUUUGGCUUCCAUUUCUUGGAAUUUUGUUUUUUCUAGGAAUUUUAAUGAUAGGGAGGCUUCACAGUUACCAUCUUUGUUGUCUAGAAUCGACAAUUUUUCUUUGGCUCCUCUUUUGGAGGACUAGAGGGUUUGGGCUCUUCAUUCAUCUGGGAUAUUUUCUUGUAAGUCUUUUUUUGAUAAAAUCAUCGUUACUCCUCAUGUUCCUCAGUUUCCUUUUUGCAAAAGAAUUUGGAAUACUUGUGUUCCUCUAAAGAUGAAGGUAUUCAUGUGGGCCUUGGUUCAUGGAGGUAUUUUGACAAAUGAUACAUUGCAGAAACAGAGAGCUAAUCGCUUUCUAAAUCCUUAGUGGUGCAUUCUGUGUUGUAAGAAUGGAGAAUUCGUGGAUCAUUUAUUUCUACAUUGCCCAAUUGAUUUAAAUUUAUGGCACAAAUUGUUUUUAUUAGGGAAUGUUAUGUGGGUAGCCCCAAAAGGGAGUGCGCGUAUGCUCCAAGUUGACUUCCGCGCUUUCGAAGGAUCGAAGAGAGCCACAAUGCUAUGGUCUUGUGCGGUCUUUGCAACUUUUUGGGUUCUAUGGAUGGAAAGAAAUGCCAGGGUGUCUGAAGAUAAGUUCCGGGAGGUGGACUGUUUGUGGGAUAGUGUUUGCCACUUAACUUCUUUUUGGGUUUCGGGGAAUCCUCUAUUUAAAGGGUUUCCAUUUUUUUUGUUAGCUAGAGAUUUGUUGACGGUGAGUGAUAUGUAGGCUUUUGCUUAAGAGUAUCUUGUUAGGGUUUUGCUUUGUGUUUUCUCCUUUUCUUUUGUUAGAGGAUGCCUCAUCCUCGCUUACUUUUUUGAUUCAUCAAUAAAGUCCUUUGUUGUUGACCAAAAAAAAAAAAAAAAAAGAACUUAAGUAAAAUAUAUUCUUCAGUCAACCCGUUCGAUCUUCAGACUGAUAGAACUGACUGAACUAGAAACUUUUUCUGAUUUGAUGAUCACUCUGAUUCUCACAACAUGCUGUACAACAUUAUUAGUCCAAUCACCCUCACACUCUCUUUUCCUAUGGUUCAACCAAUACCGGCAUGCCUUCACUUUUAUGUGAUGAGAUAGAAAGUGCAUCUACACAUUUUCGUACAUUAGAACAAAGAUUCUUCUUAUAAAUAUCCUUUCUUUGUGCCUGAGAUUCUUGUUAGUUUAUGUUGUUUAUUCUUUUUUCAUUAUUUUGUAUUGGGGGAAAUUAUAAAUUCUCUAUAUAUAUGUCUCUGACAAUGAUUAAUCUAUGAUGUCUUCAGUUUGUUGACCAAUGUGGAACUGUGCAUGAUAUAAGAAAGGCAUGGAAUCGCCACAUUAAAUUGUUUCCACAUUUGGUAAGGACUUCCUCAUUAGAUAAACUCCCCACUUCAGGUAAUCAACUGUUGGAUAUGUUUAUGGAAGCAAAACAAAGGAGCCCUUUUCCAUUGUCUGAUCAGCCAUCUGGAGGCCAUAAUUCUGACAAUCAUACCGAGCUCCAAAUGCAAGAGCUCACAGAUCAUUUUCAACCAGAAGACAAAGACAACAGUGCCCAGGAGAGAUUGCAACAGUUAUCUCCCAAAAUUGCAGAGCAGUCCGUGGAAGAUGAUGCAUCUGGAGUAAAUAAAUUAACCCAUGAUUCAGUACAUCAGUCUGGAGAUGAUACAUCUGGACAUAUGGAAUCAACUCCUUAUUUAGUACAUCAGUCUAGAGAAGAUGCAUAUGGACCAGUGGAGUCAACUCAUAAUUUAGGACACAAAUCUGGAGAAGAUGCAAAUAUACCGAUGGAAUCAACUCAUGGUUUAGCACACCAACCUGGAGAAGAUGCAUCAGGACCAAUUGUGCCAACACAAGAAUGUUCUGAUUCCAUCAAUGUUCAGCAACAAGAAGAACAAAAACAAAGCCAUGAGCCUGAACAGCAUCUGAAGCUGCUUUCUUUAGACAGUCUUUCCUUGAAUUCUCAGGAGAAGGAAUAUGGGGAUUCAACACUCAUAUCUUCGUACAAGCAUCAAGCUCUUAUAUCCAAUAGAAUAUCAGUGAAUCGUCGGAAUGCUAAUGGGAGCCCUUCUGUAGUCAGCCGAGGAAGCAAUCGAUCUGCUGAUUCUGCUCAAAUCCAAAAGGAAUCAGUAAAUCCCUCAUCUUUGGCUAGUCGUCAGAAUCUUUUACCAGAACAAGCACAGACACAGCCUCAUGUGCCUACAGAUGAUGCUGUAAACUGGCAUCAAAGCAACAGCAACACAGUUCAAGCUUCUGGAGAUGCAAGAUCUGGGUUUCAUGGGGAUUCACAAGAGCAACAGAAUCAACAAUGGCAAGUUCCUCCACAGCAACAAAUCCAAUCACAAGUUCAGCAAGCCAUCCAAUCACAAAACCAGCAGGGAUUUGUAUCGGUACACCAAUCACAACCAUCUUCUUCCCUAGCUGCUUCUCGGCAUCAAGUGCAGGUGCCUCAGUUCUCUAUGCAAAGUGGUGGGCAGUUUGGGCAUGCACCUUAUAAUGAAGCAGCAUACAAUCAGAUAAUGGAAAACUAUUUCCGACAGCAGCAGCUGAUUGUUCAACAACACUACGAGCAGCAACAACAAUUUAUGCAGCAGUUGCAACAGCAAGUUCAGCAGCAACCCCAUCAACAGCAACAGCAGGAAGCUUACGUACAGAAGCAACAACAGCUGGCACAGCUGUACUAUCAACAGUGUCCUCAGCUGCAUGAACAACAAGCUCAGUUGAUGCAGCAGCAGCUUCUGCAUGCUCAGCAGCAGCAAGAUCAACUAUAUCAUCAGUAUAUGCAGCUGCAGCAACAGCACCCAAUGCAACAGCAACAAGGAUAUCAGCAACUGCAACAGCACCACCAACUGCAACAGCAACAAGGACAGCCGUCCCAGCAACAGAUUACUUCAACACAGAUUCCGACAUGGAACAGGAGCUACUAUCAAGAGGGCCAACAGGUUAUACCAUUGCAUGGUGCAAGUUCAUCUGGAACCACUGAAUCUCCACAUCCCCAACAACAAUCUCAAGGCAUAACACCAGCACAUCGUGCAGAUGGAUCUGGAACUUCUGUAUCUCCACAUCGCCAGCAGCAAUCUCCCCAUGGAGCUACACCACCACAUAGUGCAGGUGCAUCUGGACCUACCACGUCUCCCUGUAACCAUCAGUAAUCACCUGUAAAUGAUUUUUCUUUUAUUCCUUUUAAGUCCAGUGGAGGAUUUCCCUUGCUAGAGAGAAAACUUGGAUUGUGUUUAAUUGAACACAAGGGGAACUGAAAAAUUUUGAAUGAUGACAAGAGUCUCAUUUGGGAAGCCUACUGUAAAUCUUACAUGUCAGAACAGUUUGUCUCAAGGGUGGUUAUUUUGCAUAGGUCAUGUUUGUUGGUGUGGUUGACAACUAAGAGUACUGAUUUCAGGGCAUUGGAUUUUUUAUGAACAAGGAACUUUCUAGCAAACUUUGAAUGAUUCUUUGCUCAGAUAUGGUCCGGCUUGUGUGGCAUUGCAUUUUGUAGGGACACUCGGUUUGGUGUAUGGGGUUUUUGUUAGUCACUUUGUUCUAGGCUGGCUUGGUAGGUUCAGGUGUUUGUUUCAGUCUGCUCUUUAUCUCUAUUUUGAUAUGUCUAGUUCUUAGCGUCUCCCAAUUUUAUUUAUUUUAGGAAUAACAAUGAUUUGAAUUCAAAGGGACCUUGAACUCUGUUUAUUUGUUCGAAUGACCAUUAGAUAUGAAGUUUUAGAGCUUGUAAA